GUCAAUAUUUCAUUCCACCGCCAAUUACAGUUAUUAUAAUUAUAAACAAUAAUUUAAAAAGAUGACUUGUUUUGGAAUCCAUUACAAGGUCGCCGGAAAUUCGUUACUCCGUCAGCCGGAAUAUCGUCGGACAAUUCCUAGAUCUAACCGUCUGGAUUCUAUUACCUUUCAUAACCUCGCCGGAAAAUCAACGGUACCGAAUCUCUCCACGUCGGCGACCGGAACGGCGACAGGAAUCAUCGUUUCCGAUCGUGGCGGAUUAUCACCGGCGGAAUGUACCGUCAACGGCGAGGAUUACAAGUUCGACGAAUGGAUUCAAAACUCGGUGACGGAGAUUGUGAAAAACAUCCGGCAAGCGCCGUUGCUGGUACAGAUCUACGCCGACGGCGGUGUAGUGAAAACGGAGACUGCGGUCACGGCGGCGGAAUGGCCGGAGAUAGUGAGAAACACGCCGGACGGAAUAAUAUUAGUGGAGGAGAUCCAGGAGGAUGUAGAAGAAGGUUCUGGAAGUAAAGAAUUUGGGGUUUUAAUUCAAGGAAAAAUAAAAGGAGGUGGAAGAGAUAAUAUUAAUAGGUGUAAAUCUGCAUGUUAUUUAUUAAAAACAUCUAGUGUGAAAAAUAGUGGAAUUGGGGGUGGUAAUUUUUGUACACAUUUUUGUUUGAUGAAAGUUAGUAGCUUUGGGAAGAGUGUUUCUUCACAGUUUAAUGAGUGUUGGUUGUUGCAAUGACUGAAUUUUGUGGAUCAUUGUAAUUGGAAAGUGUAUAUUUUGUGAUUAUAAUUCAUAUUGAUGAUUAAUGAUGAUUAUUAUUACUUAUUAUUCUUGUA